AGGGGGCUGCUCCACGAGGUCACAUGGGGAGGAGGCCGAGCCGACCUCGCACCUGAUUGAACGAGGUGACUGCCCGUCACCCCAGGCCGCCUUCUGAUACGGCAAUAAGGAACCAAUGACGAUGCGGGGAGAGGCGGAUGUCUUCUCUCAGCGGGUCAAAAUAAAAUUCCUUACCUACGGCGUGAGGGGGAGCGGCUAACUGAAUAAGACAGGAGGAGAUAGACUAAUCACCCGUUAUACUGUGCAAGGGGAGGGGAAAUUAUGCGGUUUAGACCUGGUUAAUGAUAGGACGGGAGGAGGGGCCUAUUCAAUGGUAGGAAGUGGCGGUUGCUAAGGGCUGAAGGGUACCGGAAGUGGCUGUUGCCAGGCCGGGGUCACGUGGCCUGCGAUGCCGGUUGCUCUGCGGCGUCACCGUGUCGGGCCUACGGCCAUGUCGGAGCCGGUACCGGAGGCAAAGCCGGAGCCUGAGCCUGAGCCAGCAUCGGAGCCUGAGCCAGCACCGACCAAGCCGGCCGCCUUCUCCGAGGAGCUGGUGCACAGCGUCUCGCUGUACCGUCGCCGGCCACUGCUCCUCCACGGCACCCUGGGCCCGUUCGCGGCGCUGUACGCAGCCUGGCUCUACCUGUGGGUGUGCCACUACGGCACCAGCCAGUACCUGGAGGCUGGCCUGGUCUCCCUGGCCGCGCUUGGUAUCGCUCACAUCCUCACCGUGCUCUCCGGACACUGGUCCGUGCACGUCCACUGCCUGCUGACGUGCACCAAGGAGUCCAAUCCCUUCAAAGCAACCUGGGCCAAGGUUGUUCCCACACCCAACAAUGGCUCCCCUGAACUCGUGCCACUUCUGCAUGACCAGGAUGAGCACCAGCAGAAAACCAUCUCUUUUGAGUUUCAGAAGAUUAAGUACUGGUUUGAUGAAAAUGAGGAAGAGUUCCGCCCAGUGGCUUUCCCAGUGAAUUUACAACUCCAGUUCUACCAGGGUGCCAAAGGGUUCCAGGAUGAGAAGGAGCUCGCAACUGCGGAAAGGAAAUAUGGUUCAAACAAGGCUGAAAUGGUGGUUCCUGAAUUCAUGCAACUCUUCAAAGAGAGAGCUACCGCCCCUUUCUUUGUCUUCCAGGUGUUCUGUGUAGGUCUCUGGUGCUUGGAUGAGUAUUGGUACUAUAGCGUGUUUACCCUUUUCAUGCUGGUAGCCUUUGAGGCUUCCCUGGUGCAGCAGCAAAUGAGGAACAUGUCUGAGAUUCGGAAAAUGGGCAACAAACCCUACAUGAUCCAGGUCUACAGGAACAGGAAGUGGAGGCAAAUCUCAAGUGACGAGCUCAUUCCUGGUGACAUUGUUUCAAUAGGUCGAUCACCUCAUGAGAAUCUGGUUCCCUGUGAUGUUUUGCUGCUCAGAGGUCGCUGCAUUGUAGAUGAAGCAAUGCUGACUGGGGAGUCUGUCCCCCAGAUGAAGGAACCGAUAGAAGAUGUUAACCCAAAUCACACAUUGGACUUGCAGGCAGAUUCAAAACUGCAUGUAAUAUUUGGCGGAACCAAAGUAGUUCAACAUUCUCCACCACAGAAAACCAGUGCAGGACUCAAACCUGUGGAUAGUGGGUGUGUUGCCUAUGUCCUGAGAACUGGUUUUAAUACUUCUCAGGGCAAAUUGCUGCGAACAAUCCUGUUUGGAGUCAAACGGGUUACAGCCAACAAUCUGGAGACAUUCAUUUUCAUCCUUUUCCUUCUCAUCUUUGCUAUUGCAGCAGCUGUAUAUGUCUGGGUUGAAGGUACAAAGGACCCGAACAGAAACCGUUACAAGUUAUUUUUGGAGUGCACACUAAUCUUAACGUCUGUUGUCCCUCCCGAGCUACCAAUUGAAUUGUCCCUGGCAGUCAACACUUCUCUUAUUGCCUUGGCUAAACUCCACGUUUACUGCACAGAACCUUUCCGAAUCCCCUUUGCCGGGAAAGUGGAAUUCUGCUGCUUCGAUAAAACUGGCACUCUGACGAGUGAUAAUCUGGUUGUCAGAGGGGUCGCAGGACUCAGGGAUGGGAAGGAGUUGAUCCCAGUGUCAGAGAUUCCCUUGCACACACAUCGGGUGGUGGCGACAUGUCAUUCGCUGGUACAGAUGGAUGAUGGAACAUUGGUUGGUGAUCCACUUGAGAAGGCGAUGCUAACCGCAGUUGACUGGACCCUCACAAAAGACGAGAAGGUUUUCCCCAAAAGUAUCAAGACGCAAGGUCUGAAGAUACAUCAGCGAUUUCAUUUUGCUAGUGCACUGAAACGCAUGUCAGUCCUCGGCUCUUACGAAAUGCUGGGCUCUACAGAUCUUCAGUACAUCAGUGCUGUGAAGGGAGCUCCUGAGACACUACGUAGCAUGUUCUCCGAACGUCCCAGUCACUAUGAUGAUGUCCACACUGCCAUGUCACGAGAGGGAGCACGAGUAUUAGCCUUGGGAUACAAGGAGAUGGGAUACCUUACUCAUCAACAGGUCCGAGCAAUAACCCGUGAGCAGUUGGAGUCAGACCUGAAAUUUGCUGGCUUCAUCGUGGUUUCUUGUCCUCUCAAGGCUGAUUCAAAAGCAGUCAUCAGAGAGAUCCAGAAUGCAUCACAUCAGGUAGUUAUGAUCACCGGUGAUAACCCCCUCACAGCCUGUCAUGUAGCCCGAGAGCUUCACUUCAUUCAAAAGGAGCACACUCUUGUCCUCCAAGCACCACAAACUGAAGAUGCUUUAUGGUUAUGGGUGUCCAUUGAUGGUAAAAUUAUCCUUCCUGUGAUUCCAUCUGCCAUAAGUGAGCUGACUGAACAGUAUGACCUGUGUAUGACAGGGGAAGGGCUCAAUUAUUUAAAUAUGGUGGACCAGCCCUUCCUGAUGAAGCUGAUCCCCCAUGUGCACGUGUUUGCUCGGGUUGCACCCAAACAAAAGGAGUUUGUAAUCACCAGUUUCAAGAGCCUAGGCUACACCACAUUGAUGUGUGGUGAUGGGACAAAUGAUGUUGGAGCCUUAAAGCAUGCUGAUGUUGGAGUAGCUUUACUGGCGAAUGCUCCUGAGCGGAUUCCAGACAAGAGGAGGAGGACAAAAGAUGGGAUAAACGAUGGGAAAUCUUUCACUUCCAAUACAAGCAGCAACAUGAAAACAACCUCUCGGGCUGCAAGGCAGCGGGUUAUGUCGCAGAGGGAGGAGCAGCUCGCUGUUCAAAGGGAGCGUCUUAAUCAGGUACUGAAAGACCUAGAGGAAGACCAGAUGCCUGUAAUAAAACUGGGAGAUGCCAGCAUUGCAGCACCAUUUACUUCUAAGCUAUCAUCCAUCAUGUGCAUUUGUUAUGUGAUAAAACAAGGUCGUUGCACGCUGGUAACCACGCUGCAGAUGUUUAAGAUCCUGGCCCUGAAUGCACUGAUCCUUGCCUACAGCCAGAGCGUGUUGUACCUGGAGGGAGUUAAAUUCAGCGAUUUCCAGGCCACGCUGCAGGGAUUACUUCUAGCUGGCUGCUUUCUCUUCAUCUCCAGAUCCAAGCCACUGAAGACCCUGUCAAAGGUUCGUCCACUGCCAAACAUAUUCAACCUAUACACUAUUCUCACCGUCCUGCUGCAGUUCACUGUCCAUUUCGCCAGUUUAGUUUUCCUGUAUAGAUCUGCACAGGAAUAUUCUUCCUCCAGCACAGAAGAGUUUGUGGAUCUGUACAAAGAGUUUGAGCCCAGCCUGGUGAAUAGCACAGUGUAUAUCAUGUCCAUGUCAAUGCAGAUGGCCACUUUUGCCAUUAAUUACAAGGGUCAUCCAUUCAUGGAGAGCCUACGGGAGAACAAGCCCUUGCUGUGGAGUAUUGUGAUUUCAGGCCUCGCUAUCCUGGGCCUGCUCACUGGCUCCUCUCCGGAGUUCAGCGAACAGUUUGGGCUCGUGGAAAUUCCUACAGAGCUGAAAAUAGUGAUUGCGGAGGUCCUCGUGGCUGACUUCCUGGUGGCACUCAUGCUGGACCGGACCCUUCAGGCAUUGCUUGGGAGCAGCAGACUUCAUGUGCCUUCCUGAUGAUCAAGCUGGCAGACUGACGUGUCCUUCCUCCACACCGAGUCAAUCCAAGGCUGGGCACAUGCACAUCACCCAGAGGUUUCGGGGGGGGGGAAGAGAGAGAGAGACUCAGGCCGUUCCCACCGACAGAACUUGUAACUCGCCAACUGUUUUCUUAGAUGGUUUUUGAUAUAUAAAAGAUUAAAAAAGACUGGUAUUUUCCUACCUACAAAAAAAACACUUGGACGAGGGAAAAAAUAAAUCCACGUGCAGUUUUGAGAGUGUUUGUGAAUUCAGCCCCUCAGCUCUCCAUCUCCUUAUAAACUGUGGAAUAUGAAAACUUCAUUUGACGCCGCUCAGCUUUGUUUUGUUAACACAUAACCAAGGCAAAUGUCUUCAAUUGAUUUAAAUAAUAAGGUGUAGGUUUUCUUCAUACUUUAAUCUGUCGGUCAGUCUCUGCAAGAGGUAUAUUUGCCCUCACAUUAAACUCUGGUCUUGUUUGCAUCCCGUGCCUCCUUUGCACCACCAUUAGUGGUUGUGCCUUCAGCUUCUGAAUUUCCUCUCCCAAAAAAUCAGAUACUGCUUAAAACAUGCCUCUUACAGCAAAGAUGCUAUGUAAGUGCACACUGCCGUCUGUUCUGCCCAGACACAUUGCUUUUUCAGUUCUCAGGAUCAAAUUGGCCAGAUAUCUGGAGUCUAUGGCUGCUCCUGGAAUGAAUCACAGUCAUCACAAGAUCCUUUCACACUGUGCAGCUGUCACUUCUUAGCAUGUGCUUCAGAUGUGUGUUCACCAGCUGCAUGUGAACACAACUGAUAUACUUUGGUCAUUUUGAGCUAAAAGAUCAGCUUCCCCACACUGGAAUCAGUGUGAUUGAAUCUAUUUUAAUUAUUUUUGAGUCAAGAAUUUGCAUUUUUCCAACACCUUCUGCCACUUCAAAGCAUCUUCAAGUACACCGGUGGCGUACAUCAGAAAUGCAGUCACAGUUGUAAUGCAGAAAUUGCGAACUGUUAGAUCCCACAAACUACAAUGCGAUAAUGACCUAGUUUCAAUUAUGUUGAUUUAGGGAUAAUUGUCAGUGAGGAGAUCUUGCUUUAGUUUAAUAUUUCCACCAAAGUAUGGUACUUCAGUCAGUGCUGCUUUCCUUCAACAUUAGUCUCAGAUUCUAUCUCAGUAUGAGGUCAAAUUGUGACUGUCUCCUAUCACUUUCCUGCAUUGUUCUACUGUCAUCCCAUGUCCCAAAUUCCAAAUGUUUGUGGAUAGACUCCUUGAUACCUCAUUGAGUAUCUGCACUGGCAGUGUUUGACAUAUGGUCCUACAGGCUGGGAGUACUACUAACUCCAUUAAUCCCUUUCCUCUACUCCAGCCUCACUUCCAGAUAGUGUGAGGAAUAAUUGGAUGUUGUUUGACAUUAAAAUUAAGGUGAUGUGUUUUUGUCUGCUAAAAUUCCACUGAGUUCCCUGAUCCAGCUAUAGUUUCUCCCCAUUUCUUCUUGUGCCUCCUGAAUGCAUUUGUCCAUAAGACAAGGAGUCUCACUCCAUAAGUGAGGAGAGCUUCCUCUGCCCACUUGGCCCCAUGCCAGUCACCUAACCUCCCUAUCUAGCAGAUGUUAAUUGUUCUGUCACGUCUGGACGGAACUCUCUUUCAAAUCCCUUCUAUUGCUUGCCAAAAAAAGCCCACCCUGACCUGUGUUCUUGUAAACUAAUAUUCCAUCUCCAACUUCCUGUUUUUCUCAAGUUCCUGCAUAUGUUGCAAUUGAUUCCCAUCUUUCCUUCACAUCCACGUUGGAAUCACUUAAAUUGAGUUUCAUUCACUGUCUCUGCACUGAUGUUCAUACUGACCACAUCUCUCACCUAUGCUGAACAUUUGCCAAUGAGGAUGACUGAUUUAUUUUCAGGCUAUGUCUGAAUAAGUAAGAAUGGGACCACUCAGCUGGACAAUAGAGGAACGGCAGUAGAGGAUGAUGGUGUGGUGAACUAAUAUCAGAAGCAAAUUAUCAAGCCAUUGAUUUCUGCACCCUUCUCUUCAAUUCCAAUGCCCUCUGGUGAACCAUAUAGAUUGAACCAGAUUAUUCACAACUCUUUGGCAUCCUAUUUGAUCCAAAACUGAGUUUCUAACACCAUAUCCUUUCCACCACAAGAUUGUAUUAGCAUUCCUGUCAAAACCCUAACCUAAAUCUUAGCUCCCUAGGGUUAUAACUUCUUGCCCCACCGUAAUCUCAAUCCAUCUGAACCUUGACUCUGUAUUUUCACCCAAUCAUCACUGCCUUGUAUGGCCUGUUGAAAUCUGAUUCCAAAUUCAAAUCCUAUCAAAGAAACUAAUUGAACCCAUCAAGUACUAAACCAUCCAAGAACUAUGUGCUCAUCACUUUCAUUGUCUUUGUCAAUCCAGUCCACAAACCCUGCAAUUUCUUUCCACCUCUCAAUCAGGGAAUUAUCGUUUUUAAGUCAUAUCUUGCACUUUGAACUGUUCAUGGUUAGAAAUGUAAAGAAAAUAAAGGUUGUGGAUGAUUGCACGGAA